AUGGCGUCUGAGUGUAUCCUCAUGGCAUGUAUCAAUACCCUGAUGGCGUCUCAGUGCACCCUCGUGGUGUGUAUCUGUACCCUGAUGGCGUCUGAGUGCAUCCUCAUGGUGUGUAUCUGUACCCUGAUGGCGUCUGAGUGUACCCUCAUUGUGUAUAUCUGUACCCUGAAGGCGUCUCAGUGCACCCUCAUGGUGUGUAAUUGUACCCUGGAGGCAUCUGAGUGUACCCUUAUGGUGUAUAUCUGUACCCUGAUGGCGUCUGAGUGUAGCAUCAUGGUGUGUAUCUUUACCCUGAUGGCAUCUGACUGUAUCCUCAUGGGGUGUAUCUGUACCCUGAUGGCGUCUGAGUGUAUCCCCAUGGGGUGUAUCUGUACCCUGAUGGCGUCUGUGUGUACCCUCAGUGGGUGUAUCUGUACCCUGAUGGCGUCUGAGUUACCCUCAUGGGGUGCACUUGUACCCUGA